GUAAACCACUUAAGGCUUCGUCGGGAAGUUGAUCUCGGUAAGGGUUUUGAUAACAACAAAAUUCGAUACGCUUUUGAAGGAAUUUGUCUCUGGAAAAGAUGACGAGGACGAAGUAAAUUAGUUUAGUUUUUAUUUCACAUUUGAUUUUGGGUUUUACGGAAAGUGGAUUCUGGGUGAGAUAGCCUGAAAGAAAAAAACAUGACGACAGAGUCGCUCACGGGGUUUCACCAUGGAAAUUGUUUAGGUUCUAUUAUGAAUGGGUCCGAGAUGAUUCCGCUCAGUGGUUACCUUGUACCGCCGUCAACUAUCUUGCCGGGGAAUUCCAGUACCACCUCCCCUACUUUGAUCCUACCUGGCAACCCUUCUGGCUCUUCCCUGGAUUCGGUUGCAGAGUUCAAGCAUGGUACAGGGUUGGCUAUUGAAUGGUCUGCUGACGAGCAGCAUAUAUUGGAAGACGGCCUUGAAAAAUAUAAAGAGGAACCAAAUUUUAUGAAGUACGUAAAGAUUGCGGCUAUCUUGCCUGAUAAAGCCGUACGUGAUGUUGCAUUGAGGUGCUGGUGGAUGCAAAGAAAGCGAAAGAGACCGGAAGAACUUAAUGCUGGAAAAAAAGUGAACAAUAGGAAGGAUAAGCAGGUGCGAUCAUCAUUGCAGGUGAAUAUGCCUACGACUCUGCCACUAAACAUGGCUGCAUUUCCUUUUAUGAUGCACCAUCUAGACCAGAUCGAAAGAAUGCCUUCUGAAGGAAUAAGUGGUACAAUUUUGCAUCUUUUGAAACAAAAUGCCCAAGUUUUUAGUGAAAUCAAAUCCAAUCUUUCCUCGUACAAGUUACAGGAUAACGUUGAUCUCUUCUGUUAUGCAAUAAACAAUAUUACCACCAUCCUAAAGGACAUGAGAGCUAUGCCCGGUUUAAUGAGUCAGAUGUCGCCAUUGCCUGUAUCUGUUGAUGAGGAUUUAGUGAAUAGCAUCUUGCCUGAUGCAAUUCAGUUUUUGAUAUUCGGCACAGCAAGCGGAUCCAUCCAAAGCAGGAGUCGAUAGAGAAUUCCGUAAUUGUCAAGAUUGAAAUGGAAGGCACAAAUCUUCUAGUGUAGAUGCAUAUGAAUAUGGUUGGAUCUUUUUCUUCCUGUGUUGACAAAAACUUGUAUAUAACAAUUUUGGAAAAUUUGUAUAGAUCCCAUUUUUAGAACCUCUUUAUCG